CUGUCAGCACUCGGUCGCCAUCUCCACUAUGGAUCAUUGAAUGGAUGGUCGCCACGCCACUUGACGCCACUCAGCAGGUGCUGGUGUGUGCUGUACGUACGCUGCGUUGUAAUUCUGUUUAUUUUAUUAAUUUGAUGCGCGAAAUCGUAAAAGAAAAAAAUAUGUACAUAAUUUUUUUCUAAAAAUGUUCAAAAUUGUUUUUGUGAUAUUAUAAAAUUAUUUCCUACUGUGAUAAAAGACCGACGAGUGACUGCAAUAAAGGCGCUGCUAAAGUCGAGUAUCGCAGUUUCAAACUACUACUGACUGUGUUUAUUAUAUUAGUCACUCAGCGUAUCUCACGAGUUGCACACCUGCAAAUCAUAUCCUAGCCGAGCUAACGCUCAAUAUUACAGUUUGCACCCUCGCUGUUAACUUGGAAAAAUGUCAGGUGUCCGCCUCUGUAGUGAUAUUUAUGUGUCGGUCAAAAUUGAGGAAAAAGAUUUGUUUGGUGGGAUUUUACAACUUCUAAAAAAAAUAAGGCCUGAUUGGAAUCCUACAAACAUAAAAUUCAAGCUAUUCACUGAUGGAAUCACUAAUAAACUAGUUGCUUGCCGUUUGUGUACUAACGUAGAUGAAAACAACAAUGUGGUUCUUGUUCGGAUUUAUGGGAACAAGACAGACUUGCUUAUAGACAGAGCUGCUGAAAUAAGAAACAUAAAAGCAUUGCAUGCUCUUGGAUUGGCACCUGAAAUAUAUGGAAUUUUUGAAAAUGGUCUGGCUUAUCAGUAUUAUCCUGGAGUUUGUCUAAAUACAGAAUCAGUAUAUGAUGACAAAAUAUGGCCCCUAGUUGCUAAACAAAUGGCAAAAAUGCACAAGGUUAAACUUGGCCAAGAGGUAAACCAAGAGCCUGUGUUGUGGGAAAAAACUGAACAAUUUUUAAGUUUGAUACCAGAACGUUUUACAGAUGAAAACAAACAAAAAAGAUUUGUGAAUAGUCUUGGGUCAGUAACAAAACUAAGGAUAGAGUUUGAGCGCUUAAAGUCCCACUUAGCCAAAGCCGAGAGCCCAGUCGUGUUUGCUCACAAUGAUUUGGUUCUAGGAAACGUGAUCUACGACCAAUCUGAAGGGACCGUUGCUUUCAUUGACUAUGAAUAUGCGGCAUAUAACUACCAAGCCUACGAUAUCGCCAAUCAUUUCAAUGAAUAUGUCGGUUUGACCAUAGAGGAUAUCGACUAUAACAGAUAUCCAAAUAAAGAUUUCCAGGAAAAAUGGAUAAGAGUCUAUUUAGCCGAAUAUACGCAGACCGAGACCCCAUCCGAAUCGGAGAUACUUAAAGUUUACAAAGAGGUCCAGCGUUUGACGCUAGCUUCACACUUUUCCUGGGGAGUGUGGUCCCUUGUCCAAUAUGAACAUUCCACUAUUGAUUUCGAUUUCGGAAGAUACGCCGAAAUAAGAUUACAUCGUUAUUAUGAAAUAAAAGACAAAAUCCUCAAAGAAUUCAGUUGACCAGUUUAUAUCAUCAACAUUUUAGUUAAUAUUUUUAUUUUAUAGAAUAAGCAAUUAUGAAUAAAUAAAUAAUAUAUGUAUAUAGUUGUAUAUAUAAUUUUGUUGUAGUUAUUGAAUGUCAUAAUGAAAUUAUGACAGUUCACCAAAAACUUGUAUAAAUUUAUGUUGAAUAAUUAAAAAUAUUAGAAUUUAA